CAACUCUCUGGCCAUGGCCUUGGGCCACGGAUACAACAACGCCUGGAUAUGAAGGGUACUCCGAUUGCUACAUUGGUACAUACGGAUUAUGUCUAAUGAGUAAGACGCCGCUUCUCAGGUUGGUAUGAACAGGCGAUUGUUGCAAUCUCCUCUCCCGGUUGGUCCACGGAGGGAAGGGAAGCGGGUGCCAUGGCCUAUGGGCCAGAACCAUCCCCCACGUUUCUUUGCUCGUAUUUUGGUCUUGGAAGCGAUCAAUUUUUCACUUCGCUGCUCACCAAGGACGAGUCUACAGAGUGGCAGCCCCGGACCAACUGGACGAGCCAAGCUAAUACUCUACCUACCAGUACAUGCCAAUGGAGUAUGCCACCACCAUAACGACUGCAGAAAGCACCUGGAACGCCCUUUUGCUUUUUUCCAAUACUUCUACAAUAAUACCUACACCCGAGCGCGUAUCUGCUACUUGGGACAAUUGGUGACCUGCUUCGCUCGCUUGUCUUCGCCACGAGAACCCCUUUUUUCAUCGCCAAUGCCCAGCUGUCAGCACCAAUGGCGGUGCGACGUCGGGCACAUGCACGCCAUAUUUGCACCCAGGGAGUACAACUCAAUGGUCUACCACUCAAGAAAGGACUAGGCUACGUGUGGGACGAUGUACGCACCAUCGGCGUACAAGAUAUUCGAAGGAUGGCGAUGCCCAGUCGACAGACACCAUACGCAGUCCACGGGUAUCACACACACCAUGCCGUCUACUCGGUACACAUUACAGUUACAGUCGUGAUUACCCCUGAGUCCAUAUUAGUCCGUACUCUGACGAGUACCGGCGUUUUGUGUGCCUCAA